AUGAAUUCAUGUUUUGAAGAAAUUCCAAAUGAAUUGAUACUUUACAUAUUUUGUACUUAUUUCGAUGGUAUACAAUUGUAUAAAAACUUUUUCGAACUUAAUUCUCGUUUUAAUACUUUAAUUAAGUCAAUCAAUAAUAUUCAUCUUCGUCUUGAAUAUCAAGAUAAUGAUAAAAGUCUCGAUUUGUUUUCUUCGAAGGCUAUUAGUUUAUACAUUGCUGAUCCAACAAUUAUACAAAUAGUGAAUUUAUUAAAAAUAGGUAAAACUAUUGAACAUAUAUCAAUUAUAUGGUCAAAUCCUUAUUUAAUUAAUGAAAUGAGUGCUCGAUCAUUUCAUGAAUUGAUAUUUAGUGCAAAUUCAUCGGAAAAUCUUCGUUCAUGUCGAUUUUAUUUACCAAAGAGCCAUUGUUUAUAUUUAGAACCAAAACAGUGUAUAUUACCGUUAUUACAUUCAAUUUAUGUUCAAAUAUCAAUUCCAUCAGUUGAUUGCCGUCGUACAAUACGUUUAUGUCCGAAUCUAGUUCGACUUGAAAUUGAAAUAAUAGAUAAUAUUGAUAAUCAGGAAGAGCGAAUUACCGUUGUAAGUCAUUGUCAGCAUGCAAAUAUUCGACGCUUUCAUAUAUAUAAUCUAUUAUCACUUGCUGUAUUUGAUAUAUUAAUGGGAUAUUUACCAAAUUUAGCAAAUUUAUAUAUAUCAAUGAGAUUAUCCUCACAUCCAAUGGAUGUAUUUGAACAAUUAUCGAGUAUAAUUCAUCGAAUCGAUCAUUUAAAACAAUUUCAUUUUCGUUUUACGACUGACUUUUGGAAUUUAGGUCAACAGCAAUUAAAAAGGCUUAAAGAAAUAAAUCCUUUUUUUCGAAUACUUUUAUUAAAAGUCAAGAUGAUGAAAUUAUUUUUAGUAGCUAGGAAAAUAUGUCGAUUGGAUAAUACUCAGUCCGCUUGCUUUUGUUUUAGUUUCACCAAUAAAUUCUAA